AUGGGGACAGAGACGUACCGAACUGAGAAUGCACUCGACUCGUAUGUCCAUCGACAUGGAGGCGAUUGUAAUGCCUCGACAGAUAUGGAACAGACCAUGUUCCAGUUUAAUGUGCAGGAUGGUUUCCUGGAGAAGGCUCUGGCUAUAUUCUCCCGAUUCUUUAAAGAACCACUGCUGAUGGAAGAUGCCAUAGUACGAGAG